CCCGAGGCGCCCGAGGGCACCAUGCAGGCGCCGCCGCUGCCGUACGAGUUCUUCAGCGAGGAGAACGCGCCCAAGUGGCGGGGGCUGCUGGUGCCUGCCCUGAAAAAGGUCCAAGGACAAGUUCAUCCUACUCUUGAGUCUAGUGAUGAUGCUCUUCAGUAUGUUGAAGAAUUAAUUUUGCAGUUAUUAAAUAUGUUAUGCCAAGCUCAGCCCCGGAGUGUUGCAGAUGUAGAGGAACGUGUUCAAAAAAGUUUUCCUCAUCCAAUUGAUAAGUGGGCAAUAGCUGAUGCCCAAUCGGCUAUUGAAAAGAGGAAGCGAAGAAACCCUUUAUCUCUCCCGGUAGAAAAAAUUCAUCCUUUAUUAAAGGAGGUCCUAGGUUAUAAAAUUGACCACCAGGUUUCUGUUUACAUAGUAGCAGUAUUAGAAUACAUUUCUGCAGACAUUUUAAAACUGGUGGGGAAUUAUGUACGAAAUAUACGGCAUUAUGAAAUUACAAAGCAAGAUAUUAAAGUAGCAAUGUGUGCUGAUAAGGUAUUGAUGGACAUGUUUCAUCAAGAUGUAGAAGAUAUAAAUAUAUUAUCUUUAACUGAUGAAGAACCUUCCACCUCAGGAGAGCAAACUUACUAUGAUUUAGUGAAAGCAUUUAUGGCUGAAAUUCGACAAUAUAUAAGAGAACUAAAUUUAAUUAUAAAAGUUUUUAGAGAGCCCUUUGUCUCCAAUUCAAAAUUGUUCUCAACUAAUGAUGUAGAAAAUAUAUUUAGUCGUAUAGUUGAUAUACAUGAACUUAGUGUAAAGUUACUGGGCCAUAUAGAAGAUACUGUGGAAAUGACAGAUGAGGGUAGUCCCCAUCCAUUAGUAGGAAGCUGCUUUGAAGAUUUAGCAGAGGAACUGGCAUUUGAUCCAUAUGAAUCAUAUGCUCGAGAUAUUUUACGACCUGGUUUUCAUGAUCGUUUCCUUAGUCAAUUAUCAAAGCCUGGGGCAGCACUCUAUUUGCAGUCAAUAGGUGAAGGUUUCAAAGAAGCUGUUCAGUAUGUAUUACCCAGGCUGCUUCUAGCCCCUGUUUACCACUGUCUACAUUACUUUGAACUUUUGAAGCAGUUAGAAGAAAAGAGUGAAGAUCAAGAAGACAAGGAAUGUCUGAAACAAGCAAUAACAGCUUUACUUAAUGUUCAGAGUGGUAUGGAAAAAAUAUGUUCUAAAAGCCUUGCAAAACGAAGACUGAGUGAAUCUGCAUGUCGGUUUUAUAGUCAGCAAAUGAAGGGAAAACAACUAGCAAUCAAGAAAAUGAACGAGAUUCAGAAGAAUAUUGAUGGUUGGGAGGGAAAAGACAUUGGACAGUGUUGCAAUGAGUUUAUAAUGGAAGGAACUCUUACACGUGUGGGAGCCAAACAUGAGAGACACAUAUUUCUCUUUGAUGGCUUAAUGAUUUGCUGUAAAUCAAAUCAUGGGCAGCCAAGACUUCCUGGUGCUAGCAAUGCAGAAUAUCGUCUUAAAGAGAAAUUUUUUAUGAGAAAGGUACAAAUUAAUGACAAAGAUGACACCAGUGAGUACAAGCAUGCUUUUGAAAUAAUUUUAAAGGAUGAAAAUAGUGUUAUAUUUUCUGCCAAGUCAGCUGAAGAGAAAAACAACUGGAUGGCAGCAUUGAUAUCUUUACAGUACCGGAGUACACUGGAAAGGAUGCUUGAUGUGACAAUGCUGCAGGAAGAGAAGGAGGAGCAGAUGAGACUCCCUAGUGCUGAUGUUUAUAGAUUUGCAGAGCCUGACUCUGAAGAGAAUAUAAUAUUUGAAGAAAACAUGCAGCCCAAAGCUGGAAUUCCAGUUAUCAAAGCAGGAACUGUUAUUAAACUUAUAGAGAGGCUCACAUAUCAUAUGUAUGCAGAUCCCAAUUUUGUUCGGACAUUUCUUACAACAUACAGAUCCUUUUGUAAACCUCAAGAACUACUGAGUCUUAUAAUAGAAAGGUUUGAAAUCCCAGAACCUGAGCCAACAGAAGCUGAUCGCAUAGCUAUAGAGAAUGGAGAUCAACCUUUGAGUGCAGAGCUAAAAAAGUUUAGAAAAGAAUAUAUACAGCCUGUACAACUACGAGUAUUAAAUGUAUGCCGGCACUGGGUAGAGCACCACUUCUAUGAUUUUGAAAGAGAUGCACAUCUUUUGCAACGAAUGGAAGAAUUUAUUGGAACAGUAAGAGGUAAAGCAAUGAAAAAAUGGGUUGAAUCCAUCACUAAAAUAAUCCAAAGGAAAAAAAUUGCAAGAGACAAUGGACCAGGUCAUAAUAUUACAUUUCAGAGUUCACCUCCCACAGUUGAGUGGCAUAUAAGCAGACCUGGGCACACAGAGACUUUUGACCUGCUCACCUUACACCCAAUAGAAAUUGCUCGACAACUUACUCUACUUGAAUCAGAUCUAUAUCGAGCUGUCCAGCCAUCAGAAUUAGUUGGAAGUGUAUGGACAAAAGAAGACAAAGAAAUUAAUUCUCCUAAUCUUUUGAAAAUGAUCCGGCACACCACUAAUCUCACUCUGUGGUUUGAAAAAUGUAUUGUAGAAACUGAAAACUUAGAAGAAAGAGUAGCUGUGGUGAGUCGAAUAAUUGAGAUUCUGCAAGUCUUUCAAGAACUGAACAACUUCAAUGGUGUCCUUGAAGUUGUCAGUGCUAUGAACUCAUCACCUGUUUACAGACUAGACCAUACAUUCGAGCAAAUACCAAGUCGCCAAAAGAAAAUUUUAGAAGAAGCUCAUGAAUUAAGUGAAGAUCACUAUAAGAAAUAUUUGGCAAAACUCAGGUCUAUUAAUCCACCAUGUGUGCCUUUCUUUGGAAUUUAUCUAACUAAUAUCUUGAAAACAGAAGAAGGCAACCCUGAGGUCCUAAAACGGCAUGGAAAAGAGCUUAUAAACUUUAGUAAAAGGAGAAAAGUAGCAGAAAUAACAGGAGAGAUCCAGCAGUACCAAAAUCAGCCUUAUUGUUUACGAGUAGAAUCAGAUAUCAAAAGAUUCUUUGAAAACUUGAAUCCAAUGGGAAAUAGCAUGGAAAAAGAAUUUACAGACUAUCUUUUCAACAAAUCCCUAGAAAUAGAACCACGAAACUCUAAGCCUCCCCCAAGAUUUCCAAAAAAAUACAGCUAUCCCCUAAAAUCUCCUGGUGUUCGUCCAUCAAACCCAAGACCAGGUACCAUGAGACAUCCCACACCUCUGCAGCAGGAGCCAAGAAAAAUUAGUUAUAGUAGGAUUCCUGAGAAUGAAACAGAAAGUACCGCAUCUGCACCAAAUUCUCCAAGAACACCGUUAACACCUCCUCCUGCUUCUGGUGCUUCCAGUACCACGGAUGUUUGCAGCGUAUUUGAUUCUGAUCAUUCAAGCCCUUUUCACUCAAGCAGCGAUACCGUCUUUAUCCAAGUUACAGUGCCCCAUGGCCCAAGAUCUGCUUCAGUAUCAUCUAUUAGUUUAACCAAGGGCACUGAUGAAGUGCCUGUCCCCCCUCCUGUUCCUCCACGAAGACGACCGGAAUCUGCCCCGGCGGAAUCUUCGCCAUCUAAGAUUAUAUCUAAGCAUUUGGACAACCCCCCAGCAAUUCCUCCUAGGCAACCCACAUCAAAAGCCUAUUCACCACGAUAUUCAGUGUCAGACCGGACCUCUAUAUCAGACCCUCCUGACAGCCCUAGCCCUCCCUUAUUACCACCAAGAGAACCCGUGAGGACACCUGAUGUUUUCUCAAGCUCACCACUACAUCUCCAACCUCCCCCUUUGGGCAAAAAAAGUGACCAUGGCAAUGCCUUCUUCCCAAACAGCCCUUCCCCCUUUACACCACCUCCUCCUCAAACACCUUCUCCUCAUGGCAGCAGAAGGCAGCUGCCAUCACCACCAAUGACACAAGAAGUGGACCUUCAUCCCAUUGCUGGGCCGCCUGUUCCUCCACGACAAAGCACUUCUCAACAUAUCCCUAAACUCCCUCCAAAAACUUACAAAAGGGAGCACACACAUCCAUCCAUGCACAGAGAUGGACCACCACUAUUGGAGAACGCCCAUUCCUCCUGAGUUCCUCUGUACCAGGAUGUACAUUGUCCUAGCCCCAUAUCCAUUGCUGGCAAUGGAUGCACUGAACAUGCCAGCACUGAGGAGUACAGCAAGAACUUCAAACACUAACGACUCUACUUCAAGAUACAGUGUAAGACAAUGAAUUUUAACCUAGACAUAAUUAUAAAGUGGAAAUAGUAUUUGUUUUAAAUAUGGAAGGACUGAUUUAGAGGACUUGGACAACUGAUUGCACCUGAAAAUCAAGUAAAGGGACUUUUUCCAGCCGAUAGGCAGGGGUCCUCUUUUUGUGAAGUGAUCUUUUUUCAUUAAAGGGAUGGAAAACACAGUCUAGUUUCCUGCAGGCCCACAUGAUGACAGUUUUGUAAUUCAAAAUAUUAUGCACUUUUUAAAAAGAAAUCUUAAACAGGGAUCUUCACAUUCUCCUUUGUUUUUCCUUUGCUUUUACUCAUCCUACUUUAGAAUAUUUUCUUAAAUCAUUCAGAGGACUGUGAGGAAAGGCUGUGGUACCUGACCUUGUUGGAAUCAAGGCCCAGCACUGUACUACAGUCCUGUUUACAGAUUAUUACAGUGAAUCGAAUGGGUACCGAGGCUUCACCAAAGAGGUACUUUUUUUUUUUUUUAAUAAUUAUCCAAUUUUAAGAGCAUUCCCCCUCACCCACUUCCCCCCUUACACAAACAUGUGGUGUUGCCUUCAAAUGAGAAGUUUUGUGUCAUUAAUGUGACAGAAGAACUUUAUAAAAAAUGUAACUGUCAAGCAUACAAUUUACAUUUAGAAGACUGUUAAUCUAUGCUAGAUUGUCAUUUUCCCCCUUCUCCCACAAAAGUUUACUGGCAAUCCUGUCAUGGCUCAUAGCUGUCCCUCUAACCAUACUAUGGAAGUGCAGUCACCCAGUGUAAAAAGAAGCACUUGCUGGGCAUCACUGACACCAUUCAUGUUUUACUAAUAGUUGAGUAAUCAGUAUAUCUAGAAUUACCUUGCAUUGCCUAAAUCAUGUGUAUAUAGUGAAUGUUAUAUAAUAUACUUGGCAGGUCUGUUUUAAUUUAAUUGAAUAAAGAUACAAAUACUUUGUUUGGCUGGCAUAUAUUAAAUUAUUAUAUGGAGAAAAUGGUUGAUUCUUAUUUCUUUCAGUUGAAACACACACACGCAAACACUAAACAUAAAAGCACGUAUUCUGGUACGCCUUGAUUUCUAGUUCUGGAUGAAUGUAUUCAUCUUAAGGAAUGACCUAAGAUUGCAGUUUGGCAUGUAGAAAAAUCUUUGGUUAGAAUAGGAUGGGUAUCUUUUAAGCAGAACUUCGUAAGUUUUUUAAUUUCCUAGGUAACAUGUAUACAGUUUGUUAAAGUUUAUAUUAAACAUUCUACCUUGCUUGAGGUCUUUGUGCUAUCAGAACUAUUCAUAAUUGAACACCUACCUACAUCAUUCAUUAAUUCUUCAUUAAAUCUAUGUACUAAUAGUCUAAGUCUAACAAAUACUGUGACUGAAAUGCAUGCAAUUUGUUGAAGAGAAAAAAAUUUAUUAAUCUCUACUAUAAUGUCUGUGAAGUGUGCAGUAGUCCAUUCUUAGAGAGUCAUCUAUCCAUCGAGCUCUGUAUGUGUCCUCUGAAUAAUGAAGGAACAUUUCAGCAAUUCUGUUAAUCUUGCCAUUAGAGACAUUAGUAGGAGUGCGGCAUCAGAGGGGAAAUAGAAACCUAGUACUUUAAUAAUUUUCUGUGAUAUUUAUUAGAGCAUUAAAUGUACAUCACAAUAGUACAGGAUACAGUCCUACAAGAUUAGAAUGUUGAUUGCAUUAUCAUUACGCAGUCUAUCCUAUCAUGUCCUUUCUUAUUUAUUUGUUAAAUUUGAAUUUUUGUUUAAUAUCUGUACCAUUCCUAUUAUGGUAGCCAUUUUUCUCUUUGCUAAAUAUCUCCUCUUUUAAAAGUCUCCCAAAAAAUUAAUUUCAAAUUACACAGUGUCCAGAAGACCAUUCAUUCAAUGAGUCUUUAAGCCUGCUUACUAAUGCUGCUACAAUUAAUCAUAGUACACAUUCCAAAAUCUCCCAUGCCUUUUUUAUUAAGCCAGCCUUAUUGUCCUUAGAAUUUCCCUUUAUAUGUCUUAUUGAUCACUUCUUAAUUAUCCCAUCCCCACUCCAAAUGAGAACCUGAGAAAAGUCACACUGGAGGCCAUCCAAAUAUCUCUCUGUUCAGUGUGUUAGCUUUCAGGAGGGUAAUGAUUUCUUUUCAAUCUGCCUGAUUGUAUAAAGAAAAAACUCAGAUUUGGAGUUCUAUUCCUACUUCUCCCAAAGGGAUCAUUGGUGGUUCUAAUAGACCACUUCACUGUGCAUCAGCUUUAUAUGCAUUGGGGAUGGAGGAUAUUUUUAUUAUGAGUGUGACAUGGGUACAGAUAUUUUCUGCAGUGAUAACGGAUUAGAAAAAUUCCAGUUGGAUGCCCCUAGGUGGAGAUAAGAAAAUUCUAUCUUUCCUUCGUCACCUGUGAAACAUUAGCUGACAAAUUUACUCUUUGUAGUAACUAAAACAUGCUUAAUCAGGAACAAGAAGUGACUGAGAAGAUAAAUACAUCACCACUAAACCUCUGCUUUUGAAUCCAGGACUUAACAAGACAGUUAAUGUAACAUAACUUCUAAACCACAUUCCAGAAUGUGGAACAUUCCUUUUUGAAAUGGAAAUUUUCUUUGACAUUUCAGUAUUUUUGGAUCAUAAAAUGAAAACAUUUCAAGGAUGAAUUUACUUUAGUGGGCUAAUAACCAAAAUAAUAGCAAGGGAGACUUUUCAUAUCUAAGCACUUUUAGAAACAGGAACAGAUAGGUAUGUUUCUAAAUUGAAAGACAGGUUAUUCACUCUUCCCAGUCCUCGAAAUGUAUUUUAAGACUAUGAAUUUUCAGGGGAUAUAUAAACAUUAAAUGUUGCUUAAUUAAAGGUGGCUGGGCAUCAGAUUGUUUUUAGUGGGUUAUUAUGAACUAACAAGGAUGUUCUAAUGGAUCUGAAUUUAGCAAGGAGCGUGCCACACUGAUGAUACUACAAUCAGUAGGAACAAUCUGGUGAGCAAGUACUCUAUCAGUUGGAGGCUAUAUUAUGGUUCUAAAGUCUUAAUGAAUUUUUCCAUAAAUCAAAAAUUAGUUGGUGUCCAUGAUUAUGAUCUUAAUUCACAAGUUCAACUUACUUUACUCAUGUACUUCACCUUAUGUCAUUUAAUGACAGCUUAGCUUGGAGUUUUAAGUGGCUCAGCAAAACACAAUGUAAAUGGAAGGAGGAGUGUCCCAAUUUAUCAAUGUUGUACAUAUUGAGGGAAACCAAUUUUUGCUCCAGAUUUAGAAAGAAACAAAUUGAACCAUUUAUUUCUUGAUAACUCUGCUGCUAUGGAUAGGUUUGCUUACUCUUUUAACCUCUAUUAUAUAACUGUUAGACAAGAGUAGAUCCUAUUGUGUUGCACAUUAAUCUUUAUCAGCAAAAGAAACAUCACAAGGUUAAUACUGGUUUGGCUGAAAAAGAAUCAGGUAGUAAAAUUGUUUAUAAGGGAAAGUGAUGAUUUAGUUUAUUCAGUAUUUUUCCUUUUAAACAUCUCAUUGCUAACUUAAAAUCAUUUCAUAACCCCUUACACACAAACCAAUGAAAUAUCAUGAGCUCUAGUUAAGAAGCAUGAAGUCUGUGAUAAAUCUAAACAAAAGCACUUGUAACUUGUUUUGUAAAUUUCAUGCCUUAUUUUCCAUUUUUGACACCGUAAAGUGCAUUUUCUGUCAACUGUGAGCAAAUUUCCCUUUUGCCUUUAAUGAAAAUAGUGCAUUAAGUAGCCAACUGCUGCAAAAUUAUAAGCAAGUUAGCAAAGGUGGAUCACAUCGGGCUACCACUCAAAGAAACAAGCUAUGUAACAGAUGGAAGUCACAUGUAGUGUGGCUUUAGGGGGAGUGCCCCUGUGCCAGAUGCAUGCCACUUUCAGUAGCUGCCAAAUGUGCCUUUAAUUAAGAACAUCUCUAAUUUUUUUCUUCAGAUCAAGUCAGCAUUUGGGGGCGGGAUCAGGGCAAGGGACUUCGGGGUGCAACUAUCUGGUGAUACCCACCAGAGAAGAAGCCUUUGUCAAAGUGACAUGUAUAACUUUAGUUGAAGUGUGUUUGUGUGUGUAUAUAUACGUGUGUGUGUGUGUGUGUGUGUGUGUGUGUAUUUGCCUUUGUUCAGUAGCACGGUCAUUUGCAAAAAUAAUUGUAAAAAAAUUGCGCUGUCAGUCUUUGAUGUAAAAAACAAAGUGCGGUCUAUUAAUCUAAAUAUGGACUUUGUACCGAAACAUGUUCCUAGGUUACCUUUGUACUCUGUGUGCAGCAGUAUUUGGUUUGCAUUUAAGGUGAAAAUAAUUACUGUUAUUUUUCUGGCAUUACUAAGAUCAACUGAAAAAUAAUAAAGAAAAAUGCCUUAUGUAGC